UCCAAAUUAAUAAACCGGAAGCCAUGCAUGCAAGGGAACGUCCUCUACCUGGAGUUUGUAGGUUUCACGACAAACUUAUCCAAACAAAACCACCGCCGCCACCACCACCAGUUUUCCUUCUCCGACGACUAUAAGUACCCUACGACAUACAUCCUUCUUCCUCCACCUACAUCGUAACUUGAUAUGACGCUGCCUUCCAUCAUGCUUCUUCUCCUUCUUCCCCUUCUCUUUUCUGCUCCAUCAACGUCCACUGCUCGUGACUUCGACUUCUUCUACUUCGUUCUGCAGUGGCCAGGAUCUUUCUGCGACACCAAGAAAAGCUGCUGCUACCCGGCCACCGGGAAGCCCACGGCCGACUUCUCCAUCCAUGGGCUCUGGCCCAAUUACGCCGACGGAUCUUAUCCAUCCAAUUGCGAUCGCCAGAACGCAUAUGAUGCCUCACAGAUUGCGGAUUUGAUGGAGAUCUUGAGGUCGCACUGGCCCAGCCUGGCUUGCCCCAGCGGCGACGAGUCGACCUUUUGGAAACACGAGUGGCAAAAGCACGGCACCUGCUCGGAGUCCGUCCUCGACCAGCACGCCUACUUCGGGACCGCUCUCCGGCUCAGGACCCAAAUUAACCUCCUCCAAGCACUGCAAGAUGCAGGGAUAAAGCCGGACGGUGGGCUUUACAGCUCGACAGACAUAUCGAGCGCGAUCAGGAACAGCACCGGGUUCGAGCCGAAGCUGGGGUGCAACGCGGACGGGGGUGGGAAUCGGCAAUUGUACGAGGUCUCCGUGUGCGUGGAUGCAAAGGGGGAGCGGCUCAUCGAGUGCCCCAUCUCGUCCAUCAGCAAUUGCCCUCCGCGUGUUGAAUUCCCGCCGUUUUAA